CCUAAUCGAAAGGCAACAAAAACCCUGUCUCUCCAACGGCUCCUUUCAUUCCAACAAAACCCAACAUCAAAAACCCUUUCCUUUCUCAAUCAAAAACCUCAAGAACCGUCUCCAAAUCUUCACAUUUACCAAGCUUUGCUUCUUCUUCUAUCUCGAAUCUCUCCAAAAAUCUGCUAUUAAAGCAUUCAAGAAAUGGAUACAACACCACCUUCUCGUAGAUCAAACCCCAACUCUCAAGCAAAAUCAGCCUCUCGUUUGUCAAGAAUCAUAUACUCUAUCGAACCAGAAGCAAAGCCUCCACAGCUGUCUCUAGACCUUAUCCCUUCUUCGGAAAAGAAAACCCCAUCAAGUCUUUCACUCAAAUCCUCAACCAACUCUCUCCCUCUUCAAGAACAACUCCUCCUCUCACCUUCUCCUUUGAGAAAAUCAAGAAACCGUCUUGUCGACCGGUAUGAGAUUCCGGAGGAGGGUGUUUUAGAGCGAAAUGGGUAUAGAAGGAGAUGCAAAGGUAGAGGAUCUCAGAUGGGUUCUUUAGGUUGUGCUUCACCAAGGAGUGAUAGAAGGUUAAGGAGAAGAUUGGAGGUGGAGAGUAGGGAAGAAAGGGACUUGAUUGGUUUUGUGGAUGAGGUUGGAAAAUUGAGGAAGAGAAGACAUAGCGGCCGGUCUAAGAAGGAGAAGGAGAAGCUCUCUUUAGUCCCUUCAUUGCCUUCUUCUAGCACUACUCCAAUUGAUGAAGGUGAUGGAGGCAAUUUGGAGAGGAUUGGGAUGGUUGUUUAUGAUCUGAUAACGUGGAAAGAUGUGGCAAAAUCAAGUCUUUGGUUUGGUCUUGGAUGCCUAUGUUUCUUGUCUUCCUGCUUUGCUAAAGGGAUUAGCUUUAGCAUUCUCUCUGCCAUUUCACAACUCGGGCUUCUGUUUCUGGGUGUAUCAUUCCUCUCGAAUUCGAUAUGUCAAAGGUACAAGUCUCCAAUGUUAUUACAAUAGCCAAUAG